AUGGUGGCCUCUGCUGGCCUGGUGCUGCUUGUCUCUGACCCCAGGUACAUGUUACAUUGGCAGGGCACGCUGGAGCUGGCAGAUUUUCCUCUGCAGAAGGGCUCCGUGGAGCUCCUCAAGCAGAAAUGGGAGUCUGCAACUGCUAGAAGACCUGGCCCGAUGCUCCAGCGCUCACCAACCCCACAGUCCUUGGUGCCGGGUAAGAUCAGCUGCUUCAGUGCCAUGGAGAAAGUGUCAACAGAGAGCAGGAGGAUGGAUGUGUUCAAGGAGGAGAGCCUAGGUGCCCCUCAGCAGAUCGAGGACUUCCCCAUCACUGUGGAGGAGCUGCGGAGCCGCUUUGAGGCCCUGGGUGGCAAGAAGGAAACAGACAGUGAGAGAAAUUCACCUUCAUCAGCAUUAAAGAGUCAUCCUGGGAGCCAUUCUGUCAAUUCUCCAAAGGAGUCUAGUGUGAAGAGAGGGAGAGCAAUCUUUGAAAAGAUGUCAUCAGAAAAUGGCCACAGGAAGAGGUCUGAAGUGGGUUCUCUCAGACCAGUAAGAGGACUAUCUACAGAGAGCGCUCCCAUGGCUGAUAACACACCACUGGACUCCCAGGAGACUGUCUCCUUGAAAGAAAGAAUGGCUUUGUACAAGGCUGCUGUGUCCAACAGAGACAGCAGCAACUCCUUCACUCAUACUUCUGAGAAAACCAAGUUCUGCACAGUGCCUGGCGGCCUGGCAGCAGUGAGGAAACAAUUUGAGAAAGUGCGGAUGAUUUCUUUACAAAAGACCUUUCCUCGGUACCAGCAGAAACCUGUACAGGAAACAUCGAGUAGCAGCCAGUACACUGUACCAAGCAACACCAGGGAAGAUAAGUGCAAUGAAAUGACCUCCAAAGACAGUCAAAUGGAAGCCUCUCAAACACAAAAGGUUUUUCAUCAUGAGCAAGUUACUAAUGAGAUAAAAAUGGCUUCUACAUUCACUCAGCACACUGACGAAACAGCAGUAAUCAAUGCAGCUCAGAAUGAAGAGCUCCCAAAGCCUGUAACACAGAUUUUAAAAGAGCAGAUUGAAAGGACAGCUCAGGAAAAGGCUGUUCACUCUGACAGAGAAACUGCAACGUCUGCAAAAGAAGUAAAGAAACUGCAGAUUCAGGAAACUGAAACGUGCAGACUCUGUCAACAGAGAGUUUACCCAAUGGAAUGCCUGGUUGCCGACAAGCAGAAUUUUCAUAAAUCAUGUUUCCGAUGUCACCACUGUGGCAGUCAAUUAAGCCUGGGAAAUUAUGCAUCUCUCCAUGGAAAAAUAUAUUGUAAACCACAUUUUAAGCAACUUUUCAAAUCAAAAGGAAAUUAUGAUGAAGGUUUUGGACACAAGCAGCAUAAAGAACUAUGGAAUUCUAAAGAUCGGUGUAAAUCAGCUGGCAAUAUUCAUGGUGAAGAAAUAAAUCUCAUUAAUAGUAUCCCUGUUGAUACUAAACCAAUUACAGAAAUUGAUCAAGAUUUGUACUCAGGUACUGAAGGUACCCAUCCUGAUAUUUUGGAUAAUACUUUGAAAAAAUCCACAGAAAGAGGUAAAUUAAAAAUGAUAUGGCCUCCUUCAACAGAUGAUGAAACACCUAAGAAAAUAUUUUCUAUUGAAGAAGUGGUUAAAGUAAAUAAGCCAGCGUGGCCCCCAGCUCAAGAAGAUUCUAGUUUACAUACAAAUAAACCUCUGGGCAGUAAAAAUGAUUCUCAGGAAAAAAAUGCUGUGAGAGAGGAAAAGAAAAGUGACACUGCAAGUGCACAAAAUCGAGUCUCAUCCUUUAGCUCUCUGCCUGAAAAACAAGGUACAAGUAUCUGUAAAGCAGAGAAAAAUGAAGCAGGCAAUAAGGGAAAAGAUGAGGAAGCCGGGAACGUGCAAGAUAAGAUGAAUAAGAAAGGAGGAUCACAGAAUAAGGAGGAAAACAAAAAAGAUAUUAAUGAAAGUGAUAAUGUGGUUGUGCGUAGUUCUGGAAAGGAACAAGUGAAAAAAAAAGAUGAAAUUGAUCAUUCAGAAGUUGUACAGGUUACUAACAUUGAUGAUGUAACAGUGCAAAAGAAUCACAAAGAAUUCAGCUUGAACAACAAUAACAAUAAUGCCACUUUUUCAAAUCUAAACACUUGUAGGAAGGAAACACCUCUCUCAGCUACAUCUAAGCCAAUGACAGCACUCAGCCACGCAGCUUGCGCUGUUUCGCAGCACGUCUUUGCAAAGCUGGCAAAUAGGGUCUGGAAAUGA